AUGUCGUCAUCCCCGCAUCCCCAACCCAUAAAGCGACUGCUGGUCGCAAAUAGAGGAGAAAUUGCGGUCCGUAUCCUCAAUGCUAUACGUGAGCUUCCGGAACCUGUAGAGACUUUCGCCCUCUAUACGUCCGAUGACCGUUCACACUGCGACCUGAGUCAUCCAGACCAUGCCAUUGAAAUACCAUCAGCAGCUUCAUAUUUAGACGUAUCACUCUUAGUGGAUAUAGUGCAGAAGUACGGUAUUAAUUCGGUUCAUCCAGGAUAUGGGUUCCUCAGCGAGAGCGCGGAAUUUGCCCAGCGCAUGUGGAACGAUGCGGGUGCUAUUGUGAUAGGACCUGGCCCAGAAAAUCUUGCCAAAACGGGCGAUAAGCUUCAGGCAAAACAGCUUGCGCAACAAUGUGCAGUGCCGGUGUUAGAAGCUAUGAGCCAACCGACGUCUAACCUCGACGAAGCAAGGGCGUUUGCCCGACAAGUCGGGUUCCCGGUAAUGAUCAAAGCUGUGGAUGGAGGCGGUGGUCGGGGAAUUCGUCUCGUGCGUGAAGAGAUUGAUCUGGAUAAUAGUAUUCAGCGCGCGAUUGGAGAGUCGCCAUCACGCACAGUUUUUGUAGAGAAGGCGGCAGUUGAUGGGUUCCAUCAUAUCGAAAUCCAGGUUAUCGGAGAUGGCACUGGAACCGUGCGACAUCUAUGGGAACGAGACUGCAGUGUACAACGACGAUUUCAGAAGGUAGUUGAAUGCGCUCCAACCCUGAUGCAAGAUCGAGGUUUGAUUUCUCAGGUGAUUGACGCUGCUUUGAGAAUGGCUGGCCACAUUCGUUAUCGAUCUCUGGGUACAUUUGAGUUUCUGGUUAGCGAGCAAAAGGGAGAAUUCUAUUUUCUGGAGGUCAAUCCGCGACUUCAGGUCGAACAUACAAUCACCGAGUCUAUCAGUGGGAUAGAUCUUGUGCAAACACAGCUGCUCCUAGCACAUGGGCUCACAUUCGGCGACCUUGGUCUCGGGUGCGAUGUGAAUCCAAUGGCACCGCCACCUUCAAAUUCCUUUGCAAUCCAGCUUCGACUCUGUGCUGAAGAUCCAAGUAACAAUUUUUCUCUAAGCAUUGGCAAGAUCACCCAGUUUCAUAUCCCAAGUGGGCAUGGAAUUCGAGUUGACACCCAUGUGUCUAGUCUCUCUCCGCUGGUCGUUGGAUCAAAUUUCGAUAACUUGCUCGCGAAGGUAAUAGUGACAGCAUCUACCUGGGAGGCAACAGUGAGGAAAGCUCAACGCGUCUUGACCGAUUCAAGAAUCGGCGGUAUCAAGACCAACAUCAAUCUUCUCCGAGGCAUCGUAGCCCAUGCUGAUUUCAUGGCUGGAAAUAUUGACACCCAGUGGCUGAGCAAGAACCUCGAAAAUGCUCUUCAAUCGGGUGAAGAAGUUUCAAGAUCUGUUCCAGAUCAAAUAGGAUCACCACAACAAACAUUCUCUCAAGGUGCAUUGCCAGCUUCCAAUCUUUUAUUCCGCAAAGGAGACGCCUGGUCUAUUCGCCUUGAACCGCUUCAAGAAGAUACAUCAAACACCUCAACAGAAACAGCACAUCAUUUGAAGCUGUCACGAGUACUCCGAAAUGAGUUUCCCACGGCCCUUGCAGCUGAAAUCGAAUACACAACGCCAUCCUCAAAGACUGCAGUCCCGUACCGCAUGCAGCUAGAAACUACCUCGACCGCUGCCUCCGCAUUGGUGUCUUCUUCACAUCGGCGUGGCGACCCUGGUAAUCCCCGCCACAUUAUCUUGCCUUUGUCUGGGAAACUCAUUGAGAUGAUGGUUGCUGAAGGGGAAGAGGUAGUCGAGAACCAAGUUUUGGCUUUUGUCAAACAAAUGAAGAUGGAAUUAGAAGUGCGAAGUCCCCGGUCUGGACGAGUUCAAUGGGUUCAUGAAAUGGAAGAUGAUGAGGAAGAUGUUGCAGAGGGAAUGUUAUUGGUGGAAUUGGAGGAACAUCCAGCUGAGCAGGAGCAUCUUCGAGGGAAACUGUAG